AUGAAUCCCCCGCGGAGCAGGAGGCGCCUCCUCGUUGCCGUCACUUGUGACAUCUGUGCCGGCAAGACGAUGCCUCUGAGGACGGGACUUUUCCUCCUGAUGGUUCUCCACGCAUCUGCCCACGAGCUGGACCACAACGAGUCCAACCCGUCCAGGAGGGCGCGCUUCCCCGCCAACAGCCCUUCAGAUGUGGCGCGCUGUCUCAACAGCGCCCUCCAAGUUGGCUGCGGGGCCUUCGCCUGCCUGGAAAACUCCACGUGCGACACAGACGGCAUGCACGACAUCUGCAAGUCCUUCCUGUACAGCGCUGCUAAAUUUGACACUCAGGGUAAAGCCUUCGUGAAAGAGAGCCUUAAGUGCAUUGCCAACGGCGUCACCUCCAAGGUGUUCCCCACCAUCCGCCGCUGCUCCGCGUUCCAAAGAAUGAUAUCGGAAGUCCAAGAGGAGUGCUACAGCAAGCUGGACAUCUGCACGGUCGCUCGCACCAACCCUGACGCCAUCGGUGAGGUGGCCCAGCUGCCGAGUCACUUCCCCAACAGGUUCUACGGGAGGCUGCUGCAGAGCCUGAUGGACUGCGACGAGGACACGGUGGAGCGCGUGAGGACCAGCAUGGUGUCUCAAAUGGGCCCGGAGAUGACCAUGCUUAUUCAGCUGCUGCAGAACAAGCCCUGCUCUUCCGCCGCCGCCGCCGCCGCCGCCGCCCCCACGGGAGCCGAGGGUCGCGGGAUCUGGCGCUGGCCCGCGGGUCCCCAUACGUACAAGACCCAGCCUAAUCUGCGAACCAGAGACUCUGCCAGUCCCUUCGGCAAAAAGCGCUCUGCCAGUGACAGCUCCUAACUUGCACUUGGAGUCGCAGAGCUCAUCUAGUCCCUCGGCGGGGGGGAGGGGGGGCCGCAUCCACGCCUCCGCUAGACUGGAAGUUACAAAAAUAUGCACCUCCUGGGACCGCCCAUAGAGUUCACAAAGAGUUGGAUUGUUGCUAUAUUGUGUAUCCUACAUUUAAGGCUUGAGAGACCCCGCCCCCAUUCGAACCCCGUGAAUCACUCCCAGAGCCUUUCGAUCUCCUCCGACUGAGAUGACUCCAGCACAACAAAAAAGAGAAACAUAAUAUUGUGGUUUCAUCAAUAUUGGUUCAGGGUUGAGGUUAUCAUGAGACGUAUCCAAUAUGUUAAAGAUGGGGUCGGUCAAAGGCUAUGUUCACCCUGCAGCUCCAUUCCGAUGUUUUUUUCCCACGUGUGAACAGAACGAUUCCGAUUUUUUAUCAAAUCCGACACAAGCCUUUUUCAUAUCCAGACAUGAGUUAGUUAUGUAUCUGAUUGCAGUCUGAAAGUUCAGGUGGCGAUUGUCCGACUUAUACGUUAUCGGAAUAAUUCCAAAGUGUGCAAGUCAAAGGCUCGGUAGAAUUUCAGAUCAAUUCCAAUAUUUUGCACGAUUCCGAUUUUUUUCAAAUCCGGCACAAGCCUUUUUUCGGAUGAAGGUAUAAAUCAGAUUUGUAUCCGAUUGCAGUCUGGAAGUUCAGGUGGCGUUUGUCCGACUUAUACGUUAUCGAAAUAAUUCAAAAGUGUGCAAGUCAAAGGCUGGAUAAAAUUUCAGAUCAAUUCCAAUAUUUUGCACGAUUCCGAUUUUUUUCAAAUCCGACACAAGCCCUUUUUGGGAUGCAGCUAUAAAUCAGACUUGUUUCCGAUUGCAUUCUGAGCAUUCAGGUCGCGUUCAUCCGAUUUAUCUGUCAUCGGAAGUGUACCAAUGUCAUAGUUCUUCGCCAAUACACACAGGCGUAAAACACAAAAGCUAUGUUUGAACUGCAGGUCAUUUCCGAUUGUUUCGCUCAUAAUUGACAUGUGAACAGCACAAUUUCGAUUUUUUUGCAAAUCCGACACAAGCCUUUUUCAUAUGCAGACAUGAGUCCGUUAUGUAUCCGAUUGCAGUCUGAAAGUUCAGGUGGCGUUUGUCCGACUUAUACGUUAUCGGAAUAAUUCUAAAGUGUGCAAGUCAAAGGCUCGGUAGAAUUUCAGAUCAAUUCCAAUAUUUUGCACAAUUACGAUCUUUUUUCAAAUCCGGCACAAGCCUUUUUUCGGAUGUAGGUAUAAAUCAGAUUUGUAUCCGAUUGCAGUCUGAAAGUUCAGGUGGCGUUUGUCCGACUUAUACGUUAUCGGAAUAAUUCUAAAGUGUGCAAGUCAAAGGCUCGGUAGAAUUUCAGAUCAAUUCCAAUAUUUUGCACAAUUCCGAUUUUUUUCAAAUCCGAUACAAGCCUUUUUUAGGAUGCAGCUAUAAAUCAGACUUGUUUCCGAUUGCAUUCUGAGCAUUCAGGUUGCGUUCAACCGAUUUAUCCGUCAUCGGAAGUGUACCAAUGUCAUAGUUCUUCGCCAAUACACACAGGAGUAAAAGACAAAAGCUAUGAUCGAACUGCAGGUCAUUUCCGAUUGUUUCGCACAUAAUUGACAUGUGAACAGCACAAUUUCGAUUUUUUUGCAAAUCCGACACAAGCCUUUUUCAUAUGCAGACAUGAGUCCGUUAUGUAUCCGAUUGCAGUCUGAAAGUUCAGGUGGCGUUUGUCCGACUUAUACGUUAUCGGAAUAAUUCUAAAGUGUGCAAGUCAAAGGCUCGGUAGAAUUUCAGAUCAAUUCCAAUAUUUUGCACGAUUACGAUCUUUUUUCAAAUCCGGCACAAGCCUUUUUUCGGAUGUAGGUAUAAAUCAGAUUUGUAUCCGAUUGCAGUCUGAAAGUUCAGGUGGCGAUUGUCCGACUUAUACGUUAUCGAAAUAAUUCUAAAGUGUGCAAGUCAAAGGCUCGGUAGAAUUUCAGAUCAAUUCCAAUAUUUUGCACAAUUCUGAUUUUUUUCAAAUCCGAUACAAACCUUUUUUCAGAUGCAGCUAUAAAUCAGACUUGUUUCCGAUUGCAUUCUGAGCAUUCAGGUUGCGUUCAACCGAUUUAUCUGUCAUCGGAAGUGUACCACUGUCAUAGUUCUUCGCCAAUACACACAGGAGUAAAAGACAAAAGCUAUGUUCGAACUGCAGAUCAAUUCCGAUUGUUUCGCUCAUAAUUGACAGGUGAACAGCACAAUUUCGAUUUUUUGGCAAUUCCGACACAAGCCUUUUUCAUAUACAGAUAUGAGUCAGAUAUGUAAUCUGAUUGUAGUCCGAACGUUCAGGUCGCGUUUGUCCGACCUAUACAUUAUCGGAAGGUGACAAACGUCAUAAUUCUAUGCCAAUACCCACAGGCGUGAAAGUCAAAGGCUCGGUAGAAUUUCAGGUCAAUUCCAAUACUUUGCACAAUUCCGAUUUUUUUCAAAUCCGACACAAGCCCUUUUUCGGAUGCAGCUAUAAAUCAGACUUGUUUCCGAUUGCAUUCUGAGCAUUCAGGUCGCGUUCAUCCGAUUUAUCUGUCAUCGGAAGUGUACCAAUGUCAUAAUUCUUCGCCAAUACACACAGGUGCAAAACACAAAAGCUAUGUUCGAACUGCAGGUCAUUUCCGAUUGUUUCGCUCAUAAUUGACAUGUGAACAGCACAAUUUCGAUUUUUUUGCAAAUCCGACACAAGCCUUUUUCAUAUGCAGACAUGAGUCCGUUAUGUAUCCGAUUGCAGUCUGAAAGUUCAGGUGGCGUUUGUCCGACUUAUACGUUAUCGGAAUAAUUCUAAAGUGUGCAAGUCAAAGGCUCGGUAGAAUUUCAGAUCAAUUCCAAUAUUUUGCACAAUUACGAUCUUUUUUCAAAUCCGGCACAAGCCUUUUUUCGGAUGUAGGUAUAAAUCAGAUUUGUAUCCGAUUGCAGUCUGAAAGUUCAGGUGGCGUUUGUCCGACUUAUACGUUAUCGGAAUAAUUCUAAAGUGUGAAAGUCAAAGGCUCGGUAGAAUUUCAGAUCAAUUCCAAUAUUUUGCAUAAUUCCGAUUUUUUUCAAAUCCGACACAAGCCCUUUUUCGGAUGCAGCUAUAAAUCAGACUUGUUUCCGAUUGCAUUCUGAGCAUUCAGGUUGCGUUCAACCGAUUUAUCCGUCAUCGGAAGUGUACCAAUGUCAUAGUUCUUCGCCAAUACACACAGGAGUAAAAUACAAAAGCUAUGUUCGAACUGCAGGUCAAUUCCGAUUGUUUCGCUGAACAGCACAAUUUCGAUUUUUUGGCAAAUCCGACACAAGCCUUUUUCAUAUGCAGAUAUGAGUCAGAUGUGUAAUCCGAUUGCAGUCUGAACAUUCAGGUCACGUUUUUCAGACAUAUACGUUAUCGGAGUAAUUCUAAAGUGUGAAAGUCAAAGGCUCAAUAGAAUUUCAGAUCAAUUCCAAUAUUUUGCACGAUUCCGAUUUUUUUCAAAUCCGACACAAGCCUUUUUUCGGAUGAAGCUAUGAAUCAGACUUGUUUCCGAUUGCAUUCGGAGCAUUCAGGUCGCGUUCAUCCGAUUUAUCUGUCAUCGGAAGUGUAGCAAUGUCAUAGUUCUUUGCCAAUACACACAGACGUAAAAGACAAGGGCUAUGUUCGAACUGCAGGUCAAUUCCGAUUGUUUCGCUCAUGUUUUACAUGUUAACAGCACAAUUUCUAUUUUUUGGCAAAUCCGACACAAGCCUUUUUCAUAUACAGAUAUGAGUCAGAUAUGUAAUCCGAUUGCAGUCUGAACAUUCAGGUGGCGUUUGUCCGACCUAUACGUUAUCGGAAGGUGACAAACGUCAUAAUUCUUUGCUAAUACCCACUGGCGUGAAAGUCAAAGGCUCGGUAGAAUUUCAGAUCAAUUCAAAUUUUUUGUACAAUUCCGAUUUUUUUCAAAUCCAACACAAGCUUUUUUUCGGAUGCAGGUAUACAUCAGAUUUGGUCCGAUUGCAUUCAGGUGGUGUUCAUCCGAUUUAUUUGUCAUCGGAAGUGCACCAACGUCACAGUUCUUCACCAAUACACACAUGCGUAAGUCAAAGGCUAUGUUCGAACUGCAGGUCACUUCCGAUUGUUUUGCUCAUGUUUGACAUGUGAAUAGAACAAUUCCGAUUUUUUUUUACAAACUCAUAAUUCUUCGCCAAUACACACGGUCGUGAAAAUCAAAGAUUAUAUUCGAAAUGCAGGUUAAUUCCGAUUUUUUUUUUUACCAGUAUGUGACAUGUGAACAGCACAAUUCCGAGUUUAUUCAAAUCCGACACAAGCCUUUUUCAUUUGCAGAUAUGAGUCAGAUUGCACUCUGAAAGUUCAGGUGGCGUUUGGCCGACCUGUACGUUAUCGGAAUAAUUAAUUCUAAGGCGUAAAAGUCAAAGGCUCGGUGGAAUUUCAGAUCAAUUCCAAUUUUUUGCACAUUCCGAUUUUUUUCAAAUUCGACACAAGCCUUUUUAUUCGGAUGCAGAUAUAAAUCAGGCUUGUUUCCGAUUGCAUUCUGAGUAUUCAGGUCACGUUCAUCAGAUUUAUCCAUCAUUGGAAGUGUACCAACGUCAUAGUUCUUCGCCAAUACACACAGACAUGUGAACAGCACAAUUCCGAGUUUUUUCAAAUUCAACACAAGUCUUUUUUAUAUGCAAAUAUGAGUACGAUAUGUAAUCCGAUUGCAGUCUGAACGUUCAGGUGACGUUUAUUCAACCUUUUCAUUAUCGGAAGGUGAAAAAGGUCAUAAUUUUUCGCCGAUAUACACAGGCGUGAAAGUCAAAGGCUCGGUAGAAUUUCAGAUCAAUUCUAGUUUUUUGCACAAUUGCGAAUUCUUUCAAAUCCAACACAAGCCUUUUUCGGAUGCAGAUGUACAUUUUCACCAAUAAACACAGGCGUGAAAGUUAAAGGCUAUGUUCGAACUGCAGAUCAAUUCCGAUUUUUUUUUACUAGUAUGCGACAUGUGAACAGCACAAUCCCGAGUUUUUUCAAAUCCGACACAUGCCUCUUUCAUAUGCAGAUAUUAGUCAGAUACGUAUCCGAUUGCAGUCUGAACAUUCAGGUAGCGUUUGUCCGUCCAAUACAUUAUCGGAAUAAUUCUUUGCCAAUACACACAGGCAUGAAAGUCAAAGGCUCGGUAGAAUUUCAGAUCACUUCCAAUUUUUUUGUACAAUUCCGAUUUUUUUCAAAUCCGACACAAGCCCUUUUUUGGCUGCAGGUAUAAAUCAGAUUUGUAUCCGAUUGCGUUCUGAGUAUCCAGGUCACUGUCCGAUUUUUUCCGCUCGUGUGUGACAUCUGAAAAACACAAUUCCGAUUUUUUUUUUUUUUUCAAAUCCGAUCCAAGCUUUUUUCUUAUGUAAUUAUGAAUCAGAUAUGUAUCCAAUGUGAUUAAAGUCCGAACGUUCAGGUCUCGUUCAUCCGAAGGUGAUAAACGUCAUAAAUCUUCGCUAAUAAACACAGGUGUCAAAGUCAAAGGCUAAGUUGAAACUGCAUAUCGAUUCCGAUUUUUUUUUAACCAGUAUGUGACAUGUGAAAGGCACAACUACGAUUUUUUCUUAAAUCCGACACAAGCCUUUUUCAUUUGCAGAUAUGAGUCAGAUAUGUAUCCGAUUGCAGCCUGAACGUUCAGGUAGCGUUUGUCCGACCUACACGUUAUGACAAUAAUUCUUCGCCAAUACACACAGGCGUGAAAGUCAAAGGCUCGGUAGAAUUUCCGAAUAAUUCCAAGUUUUUGCACAAUUCGAAAUUUUUUCGGAUGCAGCUAUAAAUCAAAUAUGUAUCCGAUUGCAUUCCGAGCAUUCAGUUCGCGUUCAUCCGAUUGGUUUGUCAUCGGAAGUGGACUAACAUAAAAAAUGUUUGCCAAUACACACAGGCGUGAAAGUCAAAGGCAAUGUUAAAACUUCAGGUCAAUUCCGACUUUUUUCCCAAUAUGUGUAACAUGAACAAUUCCGAUUUCUUUUCAAAUCCGACACAAGCCUUUUUUCGUAAGCAGAUAUACAUCAGAUAUGUAUUGUAUGGUAUGGAAUGGACCUUUAUUGUCAUCGCACAGUAUAACGAGAUUUCCGAUGUGAUUACCAUCUGCACGUUAAGGUCACGUCAAUCCGGCCUAUACGUCAUCGGAAAGUGAGAAAUUUCCCAAUUCUUUAGCAAUAUACACACGCGGGAAAGUCAAAGGCGAUGUUUGAACUGCCAAUCAAUUCAGAUUUUUCUAAAUUGAUUGAACAGCACACUUUACUUCCGUAAACACAAUACUUCGUGCGUGACAUCGUGUUUCAUGCGAAUUUUGGUCAUGUUCUGUUUACAUGAAACGCGCAUAAAUGUUAUAUGUUUUCUGUUUUCACACUGUGAUCGCGUUAACAAAAAAAAAAAAAACGGAAUGGACAUCGUACACUGCAGGUGUGAAAGUAGCCCAAAUGUGAGCGCGA